AUGAGUCUGAAACGACUCAGAAGACAGACUUUUGCAUGCCUUUUCAGUCGCCGAGGAUCUUGCACAUUCUUCGUGGUCUUCAUCUGGUUCCUCUUCUUCCACCUCCCAAGUCCACCUCCCACCCAGAACAAUACCGGCAUGGACAGGCCACCGCCGGAGCACCGAGUACAGGAUAAGGCAACAUUUCGAUACCAGUCCCCUUUUCGACGAAGCCCAGAUACCAAAUACGAGAAACAGCUGUCAAAUUCCCUGGAGAUCAUCGAGAAAGCCGUUAUAGCUCAAAAUCACGGAAACGACAAAGCAGAACACAGAAUAUGGCAGAUCGCAAAAGAUGAAGAGCACAGGGGAUCUGAUUCGACGGCCUUUGAGCAAGUCAAUAAAGACUGGAGUUACACAUUAGUCACUGACCAAAAAGCCAUCGACUUCGUGACCACCGAGCUAUCCUCUAUCCCAGAGAUAGCAUCCGCGUACAAGUCCUAUCCCCACAACGUCCUCCGCGCAGACCUUCUCAGAUACCUGCUUCUCUGGUACUACGGGGGCUUCUACGCCGACAUCGAUGUCUUCCCCGCCAAAUCAAUCAAGACCUGUCCAGCACUCGCGCCAUUCUUCAUGCCCAAAUCCAAUCUGGAAACUCAUCCCAAUGUCUCCUUGGUCGUCGGUAUCGAAGUUGACGAGCCGUACGCUUCACCACAGUUUAUGCAUGACUGGCAUUGGACACGGAGCUAUGGUUUGAUUCAGUAUAUAAUGUAUGCACCACGACGGUUUAGCCCACUGCUCAGAGAGACCAUCAUCCGGGUGUUGGCACAUACGAAGCAAGUAGACGAGCGUCAUGGUGGUCUUUUUCGCAGUCUGGCUUAUGAUGAGAAGACUAUCUUGGGUGUUACGGGGCCUGAUGUCUUUACUGAUGCUAUUCUCGAUACGCUUUCUGCUUCACUUCCUUCCACGCAUCCGCUAGUGCAACAAUCUGUUGCUGCGGAUGCGGAGAUACAGGGGCUCGUGACUUGGGCUCCGUUUCAUAGGCUCAGCGAGCCUCUUUGUGUGCAGGGUGGUGAGGCCUUGCCCCAGGUGGCCAUGGGUGGGCUUUGUGUAUUACCGAUUAGUGUUUGGGGAAAUGGGCAGAGGCACAGUCAGGCUGGGGGUUUUGGCGCUCCUAAUGCAUGCGCAAAUCAUCGGUUUGGGCGGACUUGGAAGAAGGGGUGGUGGGAGUAUAUAUUUGGGUGA